UGAUGCUGAAAAGUAUCAUCUCCAGAGGAGGCUGAAACUAUAGGAGAAAUCACAAUCAGGGCUGAAACUCCUGAAGUGACCAGUCUUGGCUUCCUUGCUUUUAAAUAAAAGGUCUAAACAGCACAGACGGGAACUUCGGUACCAUGGGCAGCGUCAGAGCCCUAGCCGCCGUGUACCUGGGCGUCUCUAUCUCCCUGUUCAUUGUCAUCUGCCAGAGUCAGGCACCAUCGGAAAACAAGCUGUCAUCACAAGAGGACAAAUAUCAAAUGGGAUAUUUCAGUAAGGACUUGGUGGAAGCACUCGAGGGGCUGGUGGAUGGAAAUAAGGACAACCGGAUAUCACUAGAGAAAAAAGCCAGCUUAAUUCCGUGGUGCGACGUGGGUGAGCGGUGUGCCAUGAAACACGGGCCCCGAAUCGGGAGGCUCUGCGACUGUCUCAGAGGGACUGCCUGCAACACCUUCUUCCUCCGCUGUUACUGAUUCGGGAACAUUACAUUGAAUCCCCCAAGUCGGCCAAAUUUGACAUGUUUUCCUCUAAAGGUCUGAUACGUCGAUCAGACCAUUAUUGGAAACAACGAACGAUAUUUUGGAAACGUUUUUGUUAACUUGUUCCUGUGACUUUGUCUUAAAAUUGUCUGGUCAUCGUUAAUAGAGAACUUUAUCUGUGUAGCUAAUCUAUUUUUCAUCAAUAAAAUGUACAUAAAUCAUAAGGUUAUCGGUGACCUGCUUGUGAACAGCCUAUAUAAUUUAGGCCAAAUUACCAUUAUCAAAGUGUUAUUAUAGUUAAU